UUAGCGUGCUGCGCUGUGUGCAUAAAAUGCAUAUGCACAUGUAUCUAUACAUCAUCGUAUACGUAACGAUUACUCAAUCUUCCCCUUCUAAAUACACAUUGGUCAGUCUUUUGUAUCUGACGUGCGAUUCGUCGAAGUAAUAAGUGAACGACCGUUCGGUUUCUCUUAUAGGUCGAUUUAACAUACACGAUUAAAUUCAAGUUACAAACAGCAGAUGCUGCGAAUUGAUAACCGUUGUAGAAACUUUAGAAGAUCAAAGUGUGUUUCUAUUACGUUUCUGUGCAUUGAUUUUACAUUUCUUUUGUGAUUGUGAAGAUUUUCAUUCCCCUUCUUUUAUGUGAUACGGUUAAAUCCAAGUUCAAAAAAAGCAGAUGGUAUUAUAGCUGUCAUCAAAACUUCACGAGAAUCAAAGCAUGGAAUCUCGCUUACCAAAAUCAAAACUUACAUUAACAAAAGCAAUUUCUACAAUGGAUAUAAAGACUAAAAGUACAAAUAACAAAACGGCCAAAGAGGUAAAUAGUAUCUCAACAUCAAAAUCAGUAUCGACUGUAAAAUCAGCACCAACAAGCUCCCUUACUACAACAAAAUUUACAAAAGAGAAUAAACCACCAGUUACUCUAGUCCGUGCAAAAACAUUAUCCACAAUCACACGAUCGAACAAUAUAAAUGCUGUGAAAAGAGCAGGUACGAUUAUAACACAUGGGGAACCAAAGAAACCACUUCUUAAACCUGUUACGAAAGCAGUAGCGAACAAACCAAAUGGUAAAGCAUUGAUGACUAAUAAUACAGCAAAGAAAACGAACCAAGUAUUACAGAAUAAUACAGAUAACAAGUCAAACAAAUUAAAAAGUUGGGAUCUGCGAGGUCGCUUGGCACAAACGAGUGAUAAAUUAUCAGUUGCAGAACAGAAAAGUAAAGAUGUAGAAUCAAAGUAUAAUGCCCUGCAAGAAUUGGUAAAUAGUUUAAAAACUAGUGAGGCUGCAUGCAGAACUAAAGCAGAAAAACUUGAGGAUUCAAACAAUAUCUUAACUAAUGAAGUUCAGACUUUAACAGUAGAAAUGUCUACAAUACAAAAACAUCAAGAAGAUUUGACAAAACGAUUAAAAGAGUCCGAAGAAUCGUGCGCAAGCAUUACUUACAUGUUGAAUGAAUAUAAAGAGAAAUGUAAAACACAAGAGAUACUGAUUUCAAAACAAACUACACAAUUGACAACUUUGACAGCUGAGCUGGAAUUACAAAAACAGAUAAAUGAGGAUCUGAGUAAUGUCAAAGAACAAUUACAAGCAUUGGCAUAUGAAAUGGACAAAAAAUGUAGAGUGCUACACAAUAAUAUACAAGAAUUAAAGGGCAAUAUCAGAGUAUUCUGUAGAGUUCGUCCGCGAACUCCAAAAGAAGUUGAACAGAUGAAAGCAUUGUGUAGCAUAAACUAUAUAGACGACUGUACUAUUGAAGUGGGCAAAUUGGAUGGAUCAGAUGCAGUAAGCUGUAGCGGAAAGCAACGAGGAACAAAGCAAGAGUUUUCAUUUGAUAAAGUGUUCACUCAUAAAGCGUCGCAAGAAGAUAUAUUUGAAGAGUUAUCCUUUUUAGUACAGUCGGCUCUUGAGGGAUAUAAUGUUUGUGUAUUUGCUUAUGGCCAGACUGGUUCUGGCAAAACAUACACUAUGGAAGGAGAAACAAGAGAUGAAGGAGAAAUGAAGGAGCAGUCCGAAGGCAUGAUACCUAGAACAGUACGUCACAUAUUCAAAGAAAUGAAACAGUUUGAACUUCUUGGUUGGGAGUAUCGAGUAAAAGCAAGUUUUCUAGAAAUUUACAAUGAACAUAUUGUUGAUCUUCUCGAUUCGCAACUAAAGACGCACGAAAUACGAAUGGUGGAUAGCAAAGGUCAGGAUUUAUAUGUCAGCAAUCUUCAGAUAGAAGAAAUACACAGUCCAGAAGAAUUGCACAUAUGUCUUGAAACUGCACAACGCAACCGAGCUGUUGCGGCUACUAAGGCAAAUGAGCGAUCAUCCAGAUCACAUUCAGUAACGAGAAUACAAUUGAUUGGCACGCACAGUGGAAAACAGGAGGUAUCGAUAGGAAAUUUAAAUUUAGUUGACUUAGCUGGAUCUGAACGUUUGAAGAGUGAAGAAGCUGUCAGAACUACAGAAACGAAGAAUAUCAAUAAAUCAUUAGCAAAUCUUGGUAAUGUUAUCUUAGCUCUUUUAAAAAAACAAGAACAUAUUCCAUAUAGAAAUUCUAAAUUGACCCAUUUGCUUAUGCCUUCUUUGGGAGGCAAUUCGAAAACUUUAAUGUUGUUAAAUAUAUCGCCAUUAGAUGAAUGCUAUAACGAGACAUUAAAUUCGUUGAGAUUUGCUAGCAGUGUCAAUAAUUGCAAGACUGGAAAUAUUAAACGAAGCCGAAUGCUUUUACAGAGUACAUCAAACUGAAUUUUAAAAUGUUAAUUUUGGUUAAAAUAUAGUUUGAUUGCGCAUUUGUUAUAUUCUUGAUUUAUAAAUUUUUACUCAAUUGAUAUUUAUAACAUGAUUAAUAUUUUUUCUUACCAUUACAAUUAUUAUAAUUAAUAUAAAAUAACUUAAGAAAAAAAUAUAUGUGUGUGUAUUCUUAUGCGAGAAAUUAGUGGCUAAUGACAAUAAAAAGCCAUCUUUUUGUAUAAUGUAAUGUAAUGUUUUGUAUAACAUUAAUAAUGUUAUACAUUAAUAAUUAAAUAAAUGACAUUUAUAUAUAAACAUUUAGAUUUAUAUGUUGAAACUCUAUGAAUAAACAAUUGUCAUAGAAAUUUGUUACAAUCUAUAUUUAUAGUUUAUAUUAGUGUACUUUU